AUGUUUGUUGGGGAUGCAGGGAUAACAGACAGUGUUACCGCCAUGUUUGUUGGGGAUGCAGGGAUAACAGACAUUGUUACCGCCAUGUUUGGUGGGGAUGCAGGGAUAACAGACAUUGUUACCGCCAUGUUUGGUGGGGAUGCAGGGAUAACAGACAUUGUUACCGCCAUGUUUGUUGGGGAUGCAGGGAUAACAGACAUUGUUACCGCCAUGUUUGGUGGGGAUGCAGGGAUAACAGACAUUGUUACCGCCAUGUUUGUUGGGGAUGCAGGGAUAACAGACAGUGUUACCGCCAUGUUUGUUGGGGAUGCAGGGAUAACAGACAUUGUUACCGCCAUGUUUGGUGGGGAUGCAGGGAUAACAGACAUUGUUACCGCCAUGUUUGGUGGGGAUGCAGAAAUAACAGACAGUGUUACCGCCAUGUUUGUUGGGGAUGCAGGGAUAACAGACAUUGUUACCGCCAUGUUUGGUGGGGAUGCAGGGAUAACGGACAGUGUUACCGCCAUGUUUGGUGGGGAUGCAGGGAUAACAGACAGUGUUACCGCCAUGUUUGGUGGGGAUGCAGGGAUAACAGACAUUGUUACCGCCAUGUUUGGUGGGGAUGCAGGGAUAACGGACAGUGUUACCGCCAUGUUUGGUGGGGAUGCAGGGAAAACAGACAUUGUUACCGCCAUGUUUGUUGGGGAUGUAGGGAUAACAGACAUUGUUACCGCCAUGUUUGGUGGGGAUGCAGGGAUAACAGACAUUGUUACCGCCAUGUUUGGUGGGGAUGCAGGGAUAACAGACAUUGUUACCGCCAUGUUUGGUGGGGAUGCAGGGAUAACAGACAGUGUUACCGCCAUGUUGCUACCGUUUAAUCAUUGA